AUGGCAUCUGCCACCCAUCCAGAACUGCCGCCGGAGAUCUGGCGCAAUAUUCUCAGGUGGUACACGGCCGACCAGGACAACAACAUCCUUUUCAUCCGGGACGUAAACCGGCUGUUCUACGACGUCGCGAUGGACCAUCGGUUCGAGAGGCUGGAUCUGCGGGAUCUGAACGCGGGCGGCGCAUUUGAGCUCCAGCGCAUCCGAGAUCCGUGGCUGACGAAGCGACUGAAAUGGAUAUCCCUCUCAACGUGGACUCUUGUGCAGAUACUCACGGAGGAGUGCUAUCGCUCGGAGCACCUGCUCCCGUCUGCGCUGCAGAACCACCGGGACGAGACGACCCACAUCAUCACCCCGUCAUCCACGGUCGCGUCGAUGCUCGCGGCGCCUCUGAUCGAAUGUCUUCUGGAGGUCCUCGCGAGCGCAAAGAACCUGCUGAAGGUCGUGGUGGAGGUCCAAUCUCAGCCCCAAGCCGACUCUAGGUAUAUCACGUUCCCCCGCAAGUUUCUGCGCGCCGCGUUCGCGCGGUUGGCAAGUGGCGCAUCCACCGCGACUCUGGCCCUGCGCGUUGACUAUGAGAUGCUUGCGAUGCUGCUCGAUGAGCUGGCGCUGGUGCAGAUACGCAGUCUGACGGAGCUGGCUCUCGUCAUAGAGCCUCGCAAGAAAGAACGUGUUGAGCCCAUUGCCCCAGUAAAAGGGUCAGGCGAGAGAGCUGUUAUCGCAUCACAGAUAUCCUCGAUUCUAGAUCACAACGUAAUCCUGCCCAGCGUGCGCAGGCUCGACAUCGCCACGACAUUCGACGAUAUCCAACCAAUCAAAUCGCUCCGCACAAACUACCCAUUUCUCACAGUCCUCAUACUCCACAUCAUCGCCCCAGAUUCGGGCUCAAGUGUCCCGCUAAGCGCCUUGGACCUCCCGAAUUUGCUGAACCUGCGGCUAUCCCUCAAGGGCGCAUUCGAUGGUCCCACAUUCUGGAGCGGCCACCUCAAUGCCCCGCGGCUCACACAGCUCACCGUGGCCGGCGCGCUUGGGGAACGCAUGGGGCUGCACAAGCUCCAGCGCACUGUCCUCCAGGUCUGCACCUUCUUCGCAAGCGGGGCAGUCGAGCAGCUGGAGAUCCACGCCGGCGUGCUGGAGAGGUUCCUCCUCGAUGCGCUCGCGGUGUCGUUCUACGGGCUCCGCCGCCUCCAUAUACGCGCCACGCGUAUUCUGGCAAUGGCGCUGUUUGAGGAGGAGAUGGAGUGCCGCCGCUAUCCGGAGUGGGACAUACGCGAACUUAAGGUGGAGGUCAUGACGCCUCUCAUUGGUCUUGGGAAUGUUGAUGCACAGGUGUUGACCAUGAUAAAGAGUACCCUUCCGCAGGCAAGUGUUUCAUCGUAA